AUGACAACUCUGAAGAAGGAGCAUGGUGUUUUUGAGGGCUUGAAGGCUGCCAGAGAUUUACACGAACCUUUGCUUCCAUUACCAGGCCUCCCACUGAUCCAAGCCAAGGGGACAGAUCAUCCCAGCAGUCCUGGUCUUAUGAGUGAUGAAGACCUGAGGGACAGCUCUGGAAAGGUCUGUCCUGCAUUGUGCAAGUUGGCUCAAGAGAACUUAGAGCGGAAGAAAAUGGAGCUGUUGGAGAAAGAGCUCAAGAGAAGGAGGCAAACAGAAACAUCCUUGCAGCUGCUUCCACAGACAGUUGACAGUGGGUAUGCAGAAGAAGCAAGCUUUAGCCUACUGCCUGUCAAUGGCACAGCUUCCAGUGUGCAGAGAAAACACCCUGGUAGUGCCUUGAAGAAGAAGGUCUUGAGGAAGCAGGACAACGUGCCCUUACUGCCCAAUAUGCCCAUCAUCCAUGGGGAUGGCAUCUUCCCAUGCAAGUUUUCGGUGACCUGGCAGACGGCCACUGGUGCCAAGCGUCGAGAGGAGCCGCUGUGUGGGAACAGGCAGAAGGACACAGCCUCUUGUGACCCACAGCAGGCCUUGCUCAAGGCACUCUCCUUGCUGGGCAGCAAUGACUGGGAGCUGAAGGAGAAGGCACUCUCCAGCAUCCAACAGCUGGCUGGGUCCCAUUCAGAAGUCAUGCUUUGUAGACUUUGUGAAAUUUGCCUGGUAGUUACCAGGGAGGUGAGCAACCUCCACUCCAAGGUGUCCUAUGCUGCAAUCAUCACUCUUGGAGAGCUCUUUGCAACCUUGAAGAAGGACAUGGACUCCGAGGUGGAUGAGGUUGCUCAGGUCCUGCUCCUGAUGGUUUGGAAUUCCCCAGAGUUUGUUGAGAAAGCAGCCAAUCAGACCCUGGGGAUCAUGGUUGAGAAUGUGACUCCUGCACAAGUACUGGCUGCUCUCAUGGACAGGGGAGCCAAGAGCCGCUACGUCCAGGUGCGGAAGUGUGCGGCCAAACUCCUCCUGUCCUUGAUGGGGACAAUUGGAGUCACGAAGCUCGCAGACACACCCAGGGCUGAGAGCCUGGCGCAGGUGGCAGGGAAGCUUGCUCAGGACGGUCACAAGGACACAAGGCACUAUGGACAGGAGAUGGUGAAGAUGUUGCUAAGUCAUCAAAAAUUUAAAAGGCUUUUGGAGCAAUCUGUUUCUACCUGUGACCUGGAAGAUAUUCUGACAAGAAUUAAGAAGAAAGAGAUGGAAAACCAGAAGAGUGAAGGCCCAUCUGUCAAGAUGCUGGUGAAGAAGAGCAGCGAUUCCUCAAAGAAGCCCCAGGUCACAUUGCCUUCAGUAAACGAUAUGCCCCUGUUCAUCUGUUCAGAUGCAUCUGAGCUACUGUUACAGAUUGUCAUGCCUGGUGUAGAGACACUUCUCCAGAGUGAUGAGUUUCCUUAUUAUAAGACACACAGGGUGAAGUCUACCUCUGAGGGACGCCUCCUACACCGUACAAAAGCCCAGGUCACGUUACCUCCAUCUGUGGAAGAAUUGGAGCCGCUCCAGAAGCUUUACAAUCUCCUGGAAGCCAAGGGGUUUCAGACACGGCUGGAAGGAGUGACAUUCCUUCUCAAGCUGUGCAAAACCAGCCCCCAGCUCGUCUCCACUAACAUUGUCCAAAUUUUUGAUUAUUUUGUCCUGAGAAUAUCUGACAGCCACAAGAAGGUGAAGCAGAAGGUGCUGGACGUGCUGUCAGAAAUCAUAGGCAUCCUAUGCCUUGAGCCCGGUGAUCAUCCAUUUGGUAGAAGGAAUUACAAAGAACUGAACUCAAAGGAUCCCGGGGUUCAUGCUGCAGCUGUGAAAGCACUGGAAGAAUCUAUUUCUCAUUUAGUGCUUGUGGAAUGGGUUUAUCCCAGGAGCCCUGAAGUCGUCCAGCGCUCCACCCUGCCCGUGCUCUGGUCCUUCCUGGGGAACAAGGCGCUGCCUGUCCGAAGAGCCAAUGUCCGCACUGUGGUCACCAAGCUUGCCUCUGCCCUCCACGAGGUGAUGGGCACCAAGCUGAGGAAGUGUGCUGCCAGCCAGCCUCCACAUGUGUGGGAAAACCUCUCCAGCAUCUUGGGCUGGUGA